GUGAACGUGUGAAAUUAGUAAUUUAACAGAGGUGUUUCUUCGCGCUGUAUGAGAUGCUCCGCAUUAUCAUGUCGUGAAAACAUUCAUCUCGCUGUCCAAGUUUUCCUGACCAAUAAUUAGCACAAUGAAAUCAGGAAAUCUCUAAUCUGCGUCAAAUUUCAGUAAUUGUCUAACACAUCAGGAAGGCUUCAAAGCAAGCCUGCUUUCUUCCAAAUACUGAUGUAGUUAGCAUACACAGAAGCAGUUGUUCCUUUCUUUCAGCUCGAUUGCUCACAUCGACAUUUAAGUUGACAUUUCGCAAGUGUAGCUCGCUUCACGUGCCGCUUAUCAGCCAGGUUUGUUGUAGAGCGACUGAAAUGAAUUCGAAUUCCGGAUUUACGACCAGGCACCCACUAAUGGGCAGAUCCUGGUGAGGUGCCCUCCAACCACCGCUCUACCUCUUUACUUGACGAUAAACAGCCAAUGCAUAAUUGAGCAAUAGUGCGCUUACAUCACAAGCUUUCCUUUUUUUCUUUCCUCCCCAAGUGAGACUGCGUCACCUUGAUCUCUAACUGGCUCUGGAAGCGAGGCCUUCAAGUUGACGCGUCCUUGCUCAUUUUCUCGCGAGGCUACUAUUUUUGUUCCUUUUCUUCGAGGGGAGCUAGUCGAGGGUUGCGGAUCUCUCUCUAUCCAACCAGACUAACUCGUACUGUACGCAUGCUCGAGGAGGGUGCAGAAAGGUGCGCGAUCGCGCCUGUCAAAAAAAAAAACAAUUCAGUUUAUCGUCGCUUAGAAUUCAUGGGCCUCGAUAGGCACACACUCUCUCUUUUAUUCUCUCUCAAAAUCGUUCUUUCUUAUUUCUCUUGAUAUUCGUUCAGUGCUAAGUACUCCCGGUGCAAGUCUGUUUCUGUAACUGUCGAGUUGUCACAGAGCCGUAAAUUUGGGGCACCAUCCGAUUGAUAGCGUUUUAAUUGUUUAAUUGGCUCACUCGUGCUUCUAGCGUUCGUAUUGCAAAUGUAUGUGCAGCGAGCGUUGAAAGAUCAGGCCAUUUCAUUUGACAUGCCGGUGCUUUCAACGCCGAAAUCACGCAGGUGUGCCACCGGGGCCGUUGAGAGGUCGACACAUAUUUCGCGCAGUCGUGGCAGGAUACUCGACUUUCUCAUAGGAGAAUAGAAAUGGAAGCACGGAAUUUGAGCAAGUAGUCGCCUCCUCAAAUCAGUCAGUGAAAGUUAAGGCCAACGAGUCUCGUGAUCGAGUGACGAAGACAACGUUGGCUUAACGAAACGCACCCUAUUAUCUGCGCAAUCUCGGGAGACGAGCAUUUGCACCACCCACUCUGUGCCGAUUGCGCACAGGUUUCACCAGAGAAAGCAGUGGAGUCUUGCAGUGCAUUCAAGAAGGCAGUGCUUCAAAGAAAACGUUGUAGAGUUACAGCACAUUCUAGAAGCCCGCACUUCAAACCCCAAUUCUUCGAUCAUGUGACGCUAACGUGAACGCACACUCGCCAGCAAUGCUGUCUCAGUGCUCGCAACUCUGUCGCAUGUUAGAACGUGCCGCGAAAUGGGACAAAAGCGACUGGCUCGAAAAUUGUCUUCAUCGCUAGUAGCUCGACAGUGUGUGUCCUUUGUUCCCGGCGUUCUCCUGUGGUGUUUCACAAACCUUGCAUCGCCGAAAGUGAUGCCACGUAUGAUCUCAUUCUGACAUAUCUCGAAACGACAAAGGGGCGAGCACGUCGACUAUACAGAACGGAGAUAGGUCUUCAUCUAUACUUUGGAUUCUUGACCUUCGCACUUUUCUUUUUGUUUUUAAACGUGAACACUUUUCAUAGACCAGGACGGCCAGAAGUGUUCUUCUCGUGCACUCUACGCAUGCCGAUGCUAUAAACAACGUGUUCCGUCGUCAUGCUGGAUAUCCGCCGCGUAGUUGCUUCUCGUGCAACCUGUUUCGCUGGCUUGGGAGCACCGUGAAGAUGUGAUCCACGGAUAUGAGCGACGCCCAGGAAAGCCACCCGCAGCAACGCCAACGCCCCAGUCAAAACCAGAGGCACUGCGACACGACGACCCCCACAGCAACCUCUACCACUCUUCGGACCGAUAGCACGAUUACCUCGCCGUCAGCAGAGUCCAGCCCCGCAGCAGCUGGCUCGGUAAAUCCGGAGUCGGGAACCAACAAGCCAUGGCCGCCGCGGAUAUGCGGCGUGUGCGGCGACCGAGCCAAGAGCUACCACUUCGGCGGCAUCUCCUGCGACAGCUGCAAGGCCUUCUUCCGACGCUCGGUGCAGAACGAGUCGCACUUCCAGUGCCCCAACCGCGGCAACUGUCGCAUCACGCUCGCGUCUCGCAAGAGCUGCCAGGCGUGUCGCUUCGCCAAGUGUCUCGCCAUCGGCAUGGAGGCCAGCUGGGUAAUGACCGAGCAAGAGCGCAGGGCCCGAAUGCAGCAGCGAUUGAUCGCGAAAGGUGACAGUGGCGGCCGACCAGCGCCGCCGCCACGACCUCCGGAGACGCCCCCGUCCGCCGAAGACGUCGGUCUUCUGGAAGAACUCGUCCACGCCUACGUGGCUGGUUGUGCCGGUGCCCCUUUCGCGGCGCACCUGCAACGUGAAGAGAAGUCCAGGACAGAACUCCUGGACGUGUUCUUCACGCUGGUGCACCAGAUAAGCGGAUUUGCACAGGGACUGCAAGCAUUCGCGAGGGUUCGCGAGUCGGACAGACACAUCCUCCUAAGAACCGCCGUGCUCGAACUGUGCUUCCUUCGCAGUGCGAUGAACUUUGACGACGAGGACGACCGGUGGCCCUCGAGGGUUCACUUCGGUGAUGAGGCAACUUCGGUGCCGUGUGUGCGCGCUUCCGACGUGGAACGCUUAGUACCGGUUGAACUGUGGGCGCUGCACCGGAAAUUCCUGGUGUCCACACGGAGGCUCAAGCCCGACCCUCUGACCCUGCUCUUGCUGUCGGCGAUAGCGCUCUUGUGUCCGGACAGGGCUGGAAUCAGAGACCUGGAGACGCUUGCCCUUCAGCAGGAGCGUUAUUGCGCGCUACUUCGCAGGUACGUGACGUGGCGCAAGGUGGCGCCCAUCGAGUUCGCCAAGGUUCUCAUGCGGCUUCCCGACCUGCGUGAGCUGGCGGACACGCACGCCGACUCGGACUUGCUCUUCGAUGCCAAGGAAGCAGCUGACGUGCAGAGACACCUUUCCAACGUCAUGGUGCGUACCGUUGAGGUUCCGGCUCAAGUUGGUGACGUAACGAGCGAGUCCCCGUCACUUCCAGCGCCACCAAGGUGGAAGUUUCCGGGAGACCUGCAGCUGCUCAGCGUCGCCGAUUCAGCCGGAGAAGAUUCGGCCGAGGAGGAAUCGGCAGAGGAGUCGUCUAGUCAGGGAUCGUCAGACCGGUCGGUGCCAGGAGCCCGCAAAAGCUGACGCUCCCGGAACGGAGCUGGCACGUGCCGUUCGCAAAGGAACGCGGCAACAAGGUUAGAAGCAGAAGAAGAGGAAAC